AUGGCCUCAAAUGGCGAAGAAGUGGAUGUAUUGACGAAAGUGUCGUCCAAUGAAGACAAUGACAAACAAGUGAUUGAAAGACUUUUGCGAGAAAAAGAGAUUUCAUUGAAACAUAACAACGAUUUGAGACACGAGUUGUCGAUAUUGUCGGCCAAACUUCAGUUGCAUCAAAAUGUGGUCAACAUUGAGACCAAAUGUGUGGACACACAAACCGAUUGGACACUAAUGGACAGCGAGUCCCACAACAACGACAAAGAGACCACUCUUUGCCCGAAAUGCAGACAAUCGUUGAGUUGUGAUAAAAGUGUUGUUUUAAACGAUUGGAAACAAAACUCGGAAACAAAUAAUACAAGAAUUAGUGAUUUAGUCCGCGAAACGGCUCAACAAGUGGUCACUAAUAAUGACUUUCAAAACGAUUAUCUUUAUGACCAAAAAUCCAAGACUUAUUACAGCCGAAGCAGUGGUUGGUAUUACUAUCCGAAAAAGAGAAGAGUUUUGGAUAAAUCAGAAAAUGUCAAUAAAAAUAGCGAAACGGAAAGCAUUGAAAUUAUUGUGAGCUCUUCAGAAGAAGAGGGAGAAAUCGACGACUCGGACGACAUAUCCAUCAUUUCCGACGACUCCAACGAUUUUGACGAUUUUAACGAAGAUAAAUCAGAAGUGAGUCCACCAUUGGUACGAAUGAUUGUGAAGAACUCAUCGACUCUAGAGCUCGGGAGUCUAGUGAUGGUGACGUGUAUGGGCGCCAAAAUCGGCAAUCAAUCCAAUUGUGACGUCUGGAUAACCGACGAAUCUAGUCACGCAGAGAUGCGAUAUAAUUAUGAGGACAAUAAUUACAUGAUUAAAGACCUGAACAGUACGAACGGAACGUUCAUUAAUGGGAACAAAAUUGAAACCGAUUGCGAGACUGUUGUGAAACAUUGCGAUGAAAUAUGUUUUGGCAAAUGUGUGCUAUUAGUGCACAUCCAUUACGGCAAAGAUGUGACGUGUGAUGGAUGCGAACCGGGGCUCGUAAUCGCCAGUUUGAAGUCAAUCGGCGACCAAAACACGACUAAUUUGUACGAACAAACAGACAAAGAGUCGGACCGCAAACGACAAUUGAAAACACUUAAGAAGAAAUACGGCCUCAAAGACGUGGAUUUCUGCGAACCAAAAGCGCCGAUAAUUACAAACACUAAUUAUACGGAUAGGGCUGAGAAGAGGAGAGGGGAAAAGGGAAGCGACAAUCCCUAUGAAAAGACAGCCGCCGGCACUUCACUCGAUUCUGCGUUAUUGAAUUCUAAUAAAGGCUUUCAAAUGCUUUCAAAGAUGGGUUGGACUUCAGGCCAAGCCCUCGGAAAGAAUCAAAAUGGUAUCGUAGAACCGAUUAACGUAAUCAAUGGCGACUCCAAAUCUCAGCCUUCACUGCAAAAAGAGAAUUAAGAUUUUAUUAAUUGUUAUUUUUUUAUUCAUAUACAAUACGAUUCUAUAGAGUCUAUACAUAAUGUACAAUACGAGCAAUUUAUACAAACAUUUACAACAAUUUCUAGUCAUUUAAUAUAUGCUUUAUUAAUGGCUCUAAAAACUAUUGCCUCAUUCAUUGUUGACAUAUUUGUUCGCCUC